AUGGAAGUCAAUAAAGAAGAACAUGAUCCUGGUCUGAUAUCACAAACAAGCAGACCAAGUGAAGAUCACCAACCACGAGUUCAAGAUCAAUUCAAUGAGGAUUCGAAUGCAGAUAUGUCCACCACCAUGAGACACCAUCCCCAAGNUGAAGAUCACCAACCACGAGUUCAAGAUCAAUUCAAUGAGGAUUCGAAUGCAGAUAUGUCCACCACCAUGAGACACCAUCCCCAAGAAUUCGAUAACAAUUCCUCAUCUGAAUUCGAACCAGAAACAGACUCAUCUGAAUUCGACGACGACAAUGACGACGACAGCUAUCCCGACGAAUCCCUCGGCUCUACAAUCAUCCGAGAAAUCCAAGACGGAACCUACAUCUGUCUCGUCUGCACCGGAGAAAUCGACCCCCAUUCAACCAUCUGGUCCUGUCAACACUGCUUCCGGGUCUAUGAUCUCGAAUGCAUAAAAGACUGGGCCAUCAGAGGAAGUUCUACCCGGAAUAAAGAAUGGAGAUGUCCAAGUUGUAACGUUUCCACGCGAACCCUACCCCGGAAAUUCACCUGUUGGUGUGGAAAAGUGACCAAUCCCACGUCCGGCUCAUCAUUGGAAGGAAUUCCGUUUAGUUGUGGGGAUAGUUGUGGAUAUAAAUAUCCUGAUUGUGUGCAUGCUUGUAUGAAUGCCUGUCAUCCGGGGAAACAUCCUGUAUGUGGGGCGAUGGGACCUUUGAUGAAGUGUGAUUGUGGAAGGGAGGCUAGACAAUUGCCAUGUUUGAUUACGCCAUAUGAGGAUGGAUGGAGGUGUGAGAAUGAAUGUGAGGUGACGAGGUUGUGUGAUUUUGGCCAUGGGUGUCCAAAAGGAUGUCAUGGGGGUUUUUGUGGGAUGUGUGAGAAAAUGGUUGAGAUGAGGUGUUAUUGUGGUGGUGAGGUUUUGGAAUUGAAGUGUUACGAGAAGGUUUUGAAACGAUGUCAGGAUGUGGAUGGAAAGGAAUGGAUUGGAGGUGGAGAGUGUCAUAAGACUCAUAGAUUGUAUUAUGAUUGUAAUGAACAUUAUGAAAUCUUACAAUGUCAACCACCAUCACCAACUAUACCCAAAUGUAAAUUCUCCCCCGAGGUCAUAUCAACAUGUUAUUGCGGUAAGACAAAAGUCGACUCCUCCAAUCGUACCAAAUGUACAGAUCCAGUUCCUGAAUGUUCCCAAAUCUGUGGUAAAUUGCUUCCCUGUGGAUGUCAUUGUCAAUAUAAAUGCCACAAGGGUGAUUGCGAAUGCACAACCAUCCAAGAAAUAAAAUGUCAAUGUGGUCAUGAAACCUAUCUCGCCCCAUGUAAAUUCAUCCAAUCGGGACAAAAACCAAAAUGUGAACAUAAAUGUACCGUUCUCCUCAAUUGCCGAAAACAUUAUCAUCGAGAACCAUGUUGUGAAUAUGAACAAGCUGGAUUGACAAGGGAACGAGAAAAGAAAAAAGCCAUUCGAAAUAAUCUUAGAUCGAAUUUUGAGGAUGAUAUUAUGUCAAUGGAAGCUGUGCAUAUAUGUACCCGACCAUGUAAUCGUUUGAAAGCAUGUGGAAAACAUGAAUGUCAGGCAUUGUGUCAUAAUGGACCUUGUGAGGUUUGUUUAGAGUCGACGAAUGAUGAUUUAGUAUGUCAUUGUGGGAAGACGAUUAUCCAAGCUCCGGUGAGAUGUGGAACGAAGUUGGUUUGUCAUGAACAAUGUAAUAGAAUCCCCGUGUGUGGACAUCGGGCUGAGAUUCAUGAAUGUCAUGAUGAGACGGUUGAGUGUCCGAAGUGUACGGCUUUGGUGACGAAAGAAUGUGAUUGUGGGACAAAUCCGAAAAUCCCGGGGAUAUUGUGUUCACAAGAAAGAGUGUCUUGUGGUAGAAUGUGCCGCGUGCUUAAAAGUUGUGGACAUCCAUGUAUGAGAACUUGUUCGGCAAAAUGUACAAAGGAAAAUCAACAUGCUGAAACUAAUAGUUGUCAAUCAUAUUGUAGAAAAGUGAGAAAUAAUUGUCCUCAUUUAUGUAAACAAAAAUGUCAUUUUGAUAAACCUGGCAAAAACCCAGUAUGUGAUGUUGUAAGAUGCACGGAAGAGGUUACGCUUACUUGCGAAUGUGGUAAAUUGACCAAAAAAGUUAAAUGUGGAGCUACUACCCAAGAACCAACAGCAAUUGGAACGAUUUUGGAAUGCAAUGAAAUCUGUGCUGCCGCUAAACGAGACGCCGCUCUUCGUGCCGCAUUUGACGUCAACACUACUGAUAAGACACAAGACACGACAAUUCCAUACAGUGAAAGCGUCAUGAAUACGUAUAAAAAACAAGCAACCUGGUGUUCAAGAAUCGAAUCCACCAUUCGUGGAUUCAUUCAGGAUUAUAACCUCCAAGUAGAAAAUGACAUCUCGUCACCAAAAAGAAGUUACCAUUUCCCUCCAAUGUCUGCCCCACAACGUCAAUUCGUCCAUGAAUUAGCGGAGACUUUUAAAUUGUAUUGUGAAUCCCAAGAUCAAGUGCCGAGAAGAUCAGUGUUUAUACUCAUAACGAAAUUAACCAUCAUUCCGGAGAUGACACUUGCCGAAGCGGCUGAAGUCCAGGAAGAAUUAGAGGCCCAGGCGGCCAAGGUGACGGAAUUGAAACAGCAAGAUAUUGACGACGCGUUGUAUAAUGCUUUAGUUAUUGAGGAUGUGUUUUUUGGGGUUGUGAAGGAUGAUAUUGAGAAUGCGUUGAUGCCAGUUGUGGAGAAGACAAAAAUUGGGAAUCCUGUUUUCCAAUGGAUUAAGGAAUCGACGUUUGUGUUUUAUUCGAAGGAUAGCUAUAAACUGAUUGAUAUUGAUGAAGAGAAUAAGUUAUAUCUUUUACAAAAACAAUUUAGAAAAGUUUUGAGAGAACAAUCAUUGGCUUUUGAUUGUAAAUUGUGUUUGAUAGAUGAAAGUACUUCAUAUAUUUUGAAGAAGGAUGCUCCUUCAAGAUCUGAACCUAAGGAAGCUCCAAAAGUUGCUCCUAAGAUCUUUAAUGGAUAUGAAUUGUUACAAAAUGAUGAAUUAUCUACUGAAGCUUAG